AUGCAGGCUCUACGACGAAUAUGCCGGCCCACACAGAGGUCGCUCUCCACAACGCCGUGGUUUGUUGACACGGAAGCAUUUCUUCAGCGUCCACCACCUCCUCAUUUGACCGAAAAUCCCCUCACUACGAGACCACCGCCACUGCCCAAAGAUGUACCGCAUUCGAUCAAAGAACUUCAUAGCCAACUAGCAUCGUCCCCCCACCUGGAGCCGUCGACAAUUGUUGUAGAUCGCUCCUUGGGACGCGUCAUGGGACCCCCGUUACCUUUGCGCAAGCCUCAAGGAAGGCGCAAAAGAGGGGGAACAAAUGCAGGCGAGUCUGCGUUUGACAUACCUGGCGGGGUAUGGAAUUGGGUAGUCCUGGCCCAAGUCAAGGAAGGCACGGAGAGCAAAGGGGGAAUUGAGUCCGUGGUGAGGCUUGUUAGGAAGACUUUACUCGGGAUGUCACCACCUUUGCCUCUUGGUGUGAACCCCAAGAAAAAGAUGCACAAUGGGUGGGCGAUGGUCGACGCCGGAGAUUUUGCUGUACACGUACUCAGUAAACAGGCGAAGGAGCGAUAUUUCACGCAAAUUGAGGGAGACCAGUGGUGA